CACUCUAAUUACCCCCCGCAAACACUUCUGACAAUGAGCGCCUCCUCCUGUUUGCUGUUGGCGACUGUGCUCGCCGUUGGUCUACUGGCGCCGGCGUCGGAGUGCGCGCGCACCUUCUUGGUCUUCGGCGAUUCGCUGGUAGACAGCGGCAACAACAACUACCUGAUGACCACGGCGCGCGCCGACGGGCCGCCGUACGGGAUCGACUACCCGACCCACCGCGCCACCGGACGCUUCUCCAACGGCCUGAACAUCCCCGACAUUAUAAGCGAGCACCUCGGCGCCGAGCCCACGCUGCCGUACCUGAGCCCCGGGCUCCGCGGGAAGAAACUGCUCGUCGGCGCCAACUUCGCGUCGGCCGGCGUCGGCAUCCUCAACGACACUGGUUUCCAGUUUCUGAACAUCAUCCGGAUGAACACGCAGCUAGAGUACUUCGGCGAGUACCAGGGCAAGCUGCGCGCGCUGGUGGGCGCGGCCCGUGCGCAGCAGGUGGUGCGGCGCGCGCUGGUGCUCAUCACCCUCGGCGGCAACGACUUCGUGAACAACUACUUCCUCGUCCCCAUCUCCCUGCGCUCCCGCCAGUACUCGCUGCCCGACUACGUCCGCUACCUCGUCUUGGAGUACAAGAAGAUCCUCGUCAGGCUGUACAUGAUGGGUUGCCGUCGCGUGGUGGUGACGGGCACGGGUCCGCUGGGCUGCGCGCCGGCGGUCCUGGCGACGCGCAGCCGCAACGGCGAGUGCGUCAAGGAUCUGAUGCGCGCCGCGGAGCUCUUCAACCCGCAGCUGACCGGCGCCCUGGACCAGCUCAACAGGCAAUUCGGUGCCGGCACGUUCAUCGCCGCUAACACCUUCCGCGUCCACUUCGACUUCAUCACCAAUCCCGCCGCCUACGGGUUCAAGACGGCGAAGAAGGCGUGCUGCGGGCAGGGCCCCUACAAUGGGCUGGGGCUGUGCAUGACGGCGUCGAACCUGUGCGGCGACCGGAGCAAGUACGUGUUCUGGGAUCCGUACCACCCCACGGAGCGCGCCAACCGCAUCAUCGUGAGACAGUUCGUGAGCGGGUCACUCGACUACGUCAGCCCCAUGAACCUCAGCACCGUCUUCGAGAUGGACGCGAGAGAUCGAUUGGCCUAGCUAGCCUGGUCGAUCUAUCGAGGAAAGAACCAGGCGAUCGAGCUACGUACGUGUGCGUCAAUGUUGCUGUCCUGUACGAGCGUGCGUAUGGUACAACGUAGGGUGUGUGGUUGGUACGUUGGGGAGGUUGGUUCGUGUAGGAGAUGGAUCGGAUGAUGACGUUUUAAUGGGAGAGACAAAGAGUUUAUGAAUUGGCAAGCCAUGGAGCACAUACAUUUGCUGCAA